AUGGAAAAUGUAUCAAAUCAAAUUAUUGCAAUCGUUAAUAGAUCAAAAGACGAGAAGGAUGGACAUACCUUGCGUACGGUUAUAUAUGUUAUAUUUGAUUAUGCGUGUCAAUGUCGAAAUUUCAGUGACCUGUACGCUCACCUUUGCAAAAGCAUAAUGGACGGAAUGGAUCAAGAAAUCAUUGAUAAACACAUCAAGAUGCCUGAUGGUUAUGCUGCAAAAGGACGUAAUUUGUUUUUGAAAUAUUUGUACACAAAGUGUCAAAUUGAAUUAGAAAAAGGUUGCGCAGCCGAUUUAUACAUUAAACGUGAUGAUAACAAUAAAAAGUCCAAUGAUUACUUUUUAGCAAUUCGAGAAAGAAAACGUUGGUUAGGUCUCGCUCGAUUCUUUGCUGAAUUAUUUAUGCGAAAUGUUAUUACUGAAUCAAUGAUACAUAAAUGCGUCAAACAUUGUUUGAACAAGGCUCAAAGUCCAUUCAUCGAUCAAAGAAUCGAUUUUUUGUAUGAAUUGUUAAAAACGGCUGGUAAACUCAUGGAUCAUGAGAAGGCACGGUCUCAUAUGGAUACGUAUUUUGAAAGAAUGGCUUUCUUUGCACAACAUACGCAUUUGAAUAAACAAUUAUGUGCUAUGUUAAUG